CAAUGUAUUUUGCAUCAAACUCGAAAGAGUGGAGAGGCAAAUAGAGAAAUUUGCUCAAAACGUAGAUAGUUAUUGCUUCAAAUCCGUAAACCCUCAUUCAUUCUGCGCCUAGUUGCUUUUUCGGCACCUUUCUCUCAUUCGUCGUGUGUUUUUUUCCUUUUCUCUUAUGAUCUCAAAGCAGGGCCUAUGUGGAUGUGAAAGUUGAUAAGUGGAGAAUUCUGGCAUUCUGUGGAGGCUUAGAAUUUUAACUUGGCAGCUUUAUAUAUUGAAGACAGUACCAUGCUUUGAAAUAGCUUCUUGAUUUCUUGCACUUGAAGCAAUUUGGAGCCAGUUUCUUUGGGGAUUUGUUUAGUUAUGGAUUGCAAUAAAGAAGAGGCAAUCAGAGCCAAAGGGAUUGCUGAAAUUAAGAUGCAAAGCAAGGAUUUUGAUGCUGCCCGUAAAAUUGCACUCAAAGCCCAACAGCUUUACAAAGAUUUGGAUAAUAUUUUCCAUAUGCUAAUGGUUUGUGAUGUGCAUUGCGCUGCUGAUAAGAAGUUGUUUGGGAAUGAGAUGGACUGGUAUGGCAUCCUUCAGAUUGAGCAGACAGCUGAUGAGGCAACAAUCAAGAAGCAAUACAAGAAGUUUGCUCUCUUACUUCAUCCUGACAAAAAUAAGUUCCCUGGUGCAGAGGCUGCUUUCAAGUUGAUUGGUGAAGCCCAAAGGGUGCUUUUAGACAAAGGAAAAAGGUCCUUGUAUGACAUUAAACGAAAAGCUUCCGUAAGUAAACCGGCACCAACAUACAGGCCCCAGCAGAGGACAACCUACAGCGCAAAUAUUGCAACGCAAAACAAUUAUAGAAGCAACUUUAUGGGCUUCAAUUCCCAAGAGCAGCAGAUGCAGCAGCCAGCAGCUCAACAGGGGUCAUCCAAUGGCCGCAAAACUUUCUGGACAGCUUGUCCAUUUUGUAAUGUGAAGUACCAGUAUUAUGUGGAAGUUAUGAACAAGUCUCUUAUUUGUCAACAUUGUACUAAGCCCUUUAUUGCAUAUGAGAGGAGUGUGCUUGGAGCUCCUACAGCAACUAACUUGAAUCAGUCUGCAUUUACUGAAAAGAAAGAUAUGCCAAAUCAAAAGAAAGAUACGCCAAAUCAGGCUUUUAGCAAAGUGGAACUUACUCAUCAGGGCAAUUCAAGCUCUGGUCAAUCUAGAACAGAGUUCUUUCAGAAGAAAGGUUUCAGUUCUGAGUUAGGUUCACAAAAGGUAAAUGGCAAGAAACAGAGGAAAAAAGGUUCUGAAUCAAGUGAAAGUUUUGACAAUGAUAGUAGCAUUGAUACUGAAGAAGAUGCGGUAGUUGAUGAAGAUGGUGAUUUUAAGACAGCAGUGAAUUCGGGGUGUCAUGGAGAGCACCUGAGGAGAUCUGAUCGACAUAAGCGGAAGGUUUCUUAUAAGGAAAAUUUGAGUGAAGAUGAAGAUUUUGUGACCCCAUCAAAGAAGCCCAAGGGAAGUGAAUCAUCCUGUGCCAGUGAAGAAGGGUGCAGAAAUGGAUUGAAGGACAAUUUUUUUAAAACGAAUAAGCAUUCUGGUGAAUCUGGUCUAACUUCUGGUGUGAAAGAUCAGAAUGAGAAACAGAAAGAAGGUCCAGAGAGCUUUCCAAAUGAAACUAAGGAAACCAAGAAUGUCAAGGGAAAAGAAAAGGCAGAAGAAAGUGGCUGUAAGAAGAGUUCUGAGGCUCAUGUUGACUUUGCAUCACAUUCAAGCACCGAAUACACAACAGACCCAGAGCUGUAUGAGUAUCCUGAUCCAGAUUUCAAUGAUUUUAAUGAAGUUCGGAAUGAAAAGUGUUUUUCGAUAGGGCAGAUCUGGGCUGUUUAUGAUACCUUGGAUGCCAUGCCUAGGUUUUACGUUCGAAUUAGGAAAGUUUUGUCUCCUGGGUUCAAACUGCGGAUAAGCUGGUUGGAGCCAGACCCAGGUGAUGAGGAUGAAAUUCGAUGGGUCAGUGAGGACUUGCCAGCUGCUUGUGGUAAGUUUAGAGGUGGAGGCUCCGAAAUUACUGAAGAUCGACUUAUGUUUUCCCAUAUGAUUAACUGGGAACAAUGCCGCCAAAGGGACACUUACAAGAUAUUUCCAAGAAAAGGGGAAAUUUGGGCUGUCUUCAAGAACUGGGAUAUUAAAUGGAAAUUUAAUGCAGACCCUAGCCAGAAGUUUGAAUAUGAAUUUGUUGAAAUAUUGUCAGAGUAUACGGAGGAUGGCGGUGCAUGCGUUGCGUAUUUAGGCAAGUUGAAGGCCUUUACGAGUCUUUUCUGUCGUACUAGUAAAGAAGGGAAUGACACAUUUCAAAUUCCACCAGGUGAACUAUUCCGCUUUUCCCACAUGAUUCCAUCAUUUAAAUUGACGGGUGAGGAAGGACAAGGUGUGCCAAAGGGAUCUUUUGAACUUGAUCCAGCUUCUUUGCCUAAAAAUAUUGAAGAGAUUGUCGUCCCUGAAUAUAUGGUAGUUGACGCUGGUAAUAGUCAUCCCAGGGAUCCGUGUUCAAAAUCUUCACAUAAAUUGAAACCUGGAGUGGAGUCUGAAUCAAGCACUAAGCACGGGGCUGGUCUGAAGGGUGCUUAUCUAGAACCUGAACUUGCCAAUGUCUGUGAUACUCCUCCAGCUUCAACCCCAGAAUGUAUGGAAGUUCCAGAAGCAGAAUUCUUCAACUUUGAAGCUGAGAAAUCCAUUGAAAAGUUUCAGGUUGGUCAGAUCUGGUCAUUGUACAGUGAUGAGGAUUGCUUGCCAAAGUACUAUGGUCAGAUCACAAAAGUUGCUUCUGACCAAGGUUUCAGAUUGUGGCUUAGGUGGCUUGAACCUUGUGCAUUGCGAAAUGAUGUGAUCCAAUGGCAUGAUAAGGAUAUGAUCAUUUGUUGUGGAAGAUUUAGGACUAACAUGCGUAAAUCACAAUCUUAUACAUCUGCUGAAUCCUUCUCUCACAAAGUAAGUGCAGAACCUGCCGGCAAGAAAAAUGAAUAUACCAUUUUGCCUAGAAAAGGUCAGAUUUGGGCAUUGUAUAAGAACUGGUCUGCUGAAAUUGAAGCUUGUGAAUUGAGAAAAUGUGAAUAUGAGAUAGUGGAAGUCCUCGAGGAAAAAGACUUGGGGAUCAGAGUUUCAUUUUUAGAGCAAGUUGAUGGUUUUAACUCGAUUUUCAAGGCUCAGUUAAAGGAAGCAUCAUCUGUUACAAUGGAGGUUCUCCAUGGUGAGCUGCUUAAAUUCUCCCAUCAGAUUCCUGCCUUUCGACUAACAGAAGAGAGGGGUGGCAGCCUAAGAGGCUUCUGGGAACUUGACCCUUCAGCGCUGCCUGGUCAUUAUUUUGCUAGGAAGUAACAUGACAAGCUUUUAUUCUAAUGCUAUCUAUUUGCUGUUGGACUUUAUAGUAUCACCAGCAUGGUCAUGUUUUGUGAAUGCUGUUUUAGAAAUAGAUUUUGCCUAGAUACAUACUGUGUUCUGGAGUUGCCUCUGAGCAUUUCUUUUGGUGUCUGGAGAGAUCUGUACUGGCUCAAACUCUUUUGAUCCCUUCAAUUUUGGCAUGAAGCUUUGGUUGGUUAAGCCACAAAUCAGUGAUGGGAAUGGCAAAUUAGCCAAAGCAUGGAAGUUAGAUUUCUUCACUUUGUUGCUGCGGUGGACAGUCCUAUUUCACUUCACAUUUUCCUGUAAACUCUCACAUUCCAAGUUAUCAUAUUAGCUUUUCUUUA